AUGGAAAAACAGGGAAAUUUAGAGCUCAACAUCUCAAACUUGCCAAAGAAGUGCAUUUCCCACAUUCUUUCGCUUACCUCUCCUCGGGACGCGUGCAGAUGCACCGCAGUCUCCACCAAGUUUUGCUCCGCCGCAGAAUCCGACGUGGUUUGGGAGAAGUUCUUGCCGCCCUGUUGGGAGUACAUUGUGUCCAGAUCGGUUUCUCCAUUGGUGUUUUCCUCCAAGAAAGAGCUUUACUUUCGUCUCUGUCACUCUCCAGUCCUUGUAGAUGGAACUAAGAACAAGAGUUUUGUAUUAGACAAAAUUAGUGCCAAAAUAUGUUGUAUGUUCGGACCCGGGGACCUAUCCAUGUCAUGGGAUCAAUAUAGUCUCCGUGUAGACCAAAAUGCUUUGGGUCCAGUGUUUUUCCGAGUACCCAACUACAAACCAGUUACUUCAAGAUUUUCAGAGAUGACAUACAUAUACGACAUAGCACAACUUUUGAUCCAAGUGAGGGUAAACCGACGGUUGCUAUCCCCAAACACACACUAUGUUGCCCACUUUGUUUACACACCGCGGUUCAACGACAUUGAGUUCCCUCCAUUACAGCGAGUAUCGGUCAGAUAUGUUGAAGAAGGAAUCGAGAAAGUUGUAAUGAGCGAUGCUUAUUUAGAUGAUGAUUUUCUCUCGCGUGAAAAUGAGGGAUUCCAUUCUCGAGAUCGAGAUGACGGUUGGACAGAAAUGGAGAUGGGGGAAUUCUUCAAUGGUGAUGAUCAUGAUGAUGAUAAUGUGGUGGCCAUCUCCUUGUGGGAAGUAAGCGGACCUUAUAUAAGGAUGCUGCGUAAUGGACUUAUUGUUCAAGGCAUUGAGCUUCGGCCAAAGGUGGUUGUAUAA